GCAUGUCAUGUUCGAGGGAACGAGAUCAAAACGUUUCCCGCGAUGCACGGUAACAUUUUUAGAGCCGCGCGACGGAUACGUUGCAACGUUUUACAUCGGAGCUGAGGAUUUAACGCUGUAACAUUUUCCCGCGGUUAAGUUUCUUUCAUGUUUCAGCCUGGCUCGGCGUCGGAAUAAAGGAAUUAUGUGGAAAGCGGAAAUAUUUGAUCGCGUGGCUUUAAUGUAAUUUAGAGCGUUCUUGCCCUGCAUGCUUAAUACAAAACUAUGGUCUUAUAUUUAGGCGUUUGCAUGGAGGUUUUUGCUAUUUUACUACCAAAAGCAGCUUUUUUUCAACUGAUUUUAAAAAUGAAAUGACUUUUUUCGGAGCUUUGCUUAUGUUGACAGGUAAUGAAGGAGUCGAGGGCUGCCAGCUCACUGUGUUACACGAGCUGUUGGUCAUAAGCGUUAUUAAUGUGGCUGGUCUAAGGUCGUCUAGGGAGGGUGACCAAAGUUCAAGUUUAUGGCAAAAGGUUAGCCCGCCAGAGACCGUGGCGAAAGUGCAGCCUAACAAAAUAAACGAAGAACUGCACGGCCUGAGAAAACCUUCUUGCGUAUGUCUUUGACUGGUGGUGACUGUGAUCAAAGCCUUGGGUGUUAACUUGAAAGAUGCCGGCUCACCGGAUCGGCUCUGUUCUUCUGUGACCUGCUCAUGUCCCAACCAGAGGUGCCAUGGCUCGCAGAAUAUCUUCUCAGGGGAAGGUCACCAUCUCCGUGGAUGAGUACAGCUCCAACCCGACCCAGGCCUUUACCCACUACAACAUCAACCAAAGCCGCUUUCAGCCCCCUCAUGUUCACAUGGUAGAGCCACUUCCCUAUGAUGCGCCAAAGCCCGUAGGUCAUACGCGAUUUGUCUGCGUUUCGGACACUCACUCGAGGACAGAUAAUAUCCAGAUGCCUUUCGGCGAUGUGUUGCUUCACACCGGAGACUUCACUGAACUCGGCCUCCCGUCUGAAGUGAAGAAGUUUAAUGACUGGUUAGGCACUCUACCCUAUGAGUACAAAGUUGUUAUCGCUGGAAACCAUGAACUUACCUUCGAUAAAGACUUUAUGUCGGAACUCAUAAAGCAGGAUUACUACCGUUUCCCGUCAGUGUCCAAACUGAGGCCUGAGGAUUUUGACGACGUUCAGACCCAACUUACAAACUGUGUGUAUUUGCAGGACUCUGAGGUCACCAUUAAAGGGUUCAGGAUAUACGGAACUCCUUGGACCCCGUGGUUUAAUGGAUGGGGCUUUAACUUACCUCGUGGCCAGUCUCUGCUCGAUAAGUGGAACCAGAUCCCUGAAGAUAUAGAUAUUCUUAUGACACACGGGCCUCCGCUGGGGUUCAGAGAUUGGGUUCCCAAGGAGCUCCAGAGAGUCGGAUGUGUGGAGCUCCUCAACACUGUACAAAAGAGGGUCCGACCCAAACUCCACGCGUAUGGGGGAAUACAUGAAGGGUAUGGCAUAAUGACAGAUGGCUACACAACAUUUAUCAACUCCUCCACAUGUACAGUCAGUUUCCAGCCCACCAAUCCACCAAUCGUAUUUGAUCUCCCCAACCCAGGAAACUCCUGAGAUUCAUUAAAGCCCCCCUCCCUUUUUCUACAUGACAACUCUUGCUUAAAAUGAAUGGUCUUUUUGUACUGCUUGUAUUUAAAAAUGCAUGGCCAUCAGAUAUUUUUAAAAGUCGUAAUGAAGCCCAUGGCAUUCGAAUGGCUUUUGGUGGGCAAUGAACUUGUGAAUUCGUAUUUUUAUUUGUCCGCAUCCGUUGCCUUCUGCGUUUGCUUUAUAUUCUGGUCAGGAUCUCGAAAGUGCAUUUAUAAAGGUACUUAAAGUGUCAGCAAUACCUGACCAUGUUUAUGGUUGAAUAUGAAUUGCGCUUUGUAAAUUUAUAUUAUAAACUUAUUUAAAGUCUUGGACUCGAUACCUUGUGUGGUGUUUUGGGUAAAAAUCAUAUUUCAUCUCUUUCCAAGGGUCCCAUAGGUUAGAUAUUUAUUACUGCGAACGGACUUCAAAAAGAUGCUUUAUCUUACAGGCCAUUAAACAUCACAGCACAUGCAUUUUGUCCUCUCAGCAUAUAAAAGAGAGGCACGGUGCAUGUCAAAAGAUGGAGAAGCUAUUGUGUUUUUUUUUUAAUGAGGUUGUUGUGAAUGGACUUUAUACAUUAUCGCUGUUUGUGUUCUCGCAGUUUAAAAGAUGCUGAUUUAGCAAAUUUAGUAUGGCCUGAUUAUGCAGAUGACACACCAAUAGAAGACGAGAUGUGAUUGGUUGAUUGGUCUCUUAAACAUAUAUGUGGAAAUAUUUUAACAAGUUCUCCUUAUUAAAUCUGGUACAUUCUGUAAAUAACCAAACACAGUGUGUAUUUAUCCUGGGUUUUAUAUAGCCUACAUGUAUUACAUUGGUUUCGAAGCUGGAAAUGACAUCACAACACCCCAAGCCAAUGUUUUCUUUUUCUCCAUGUAACUGCCAUUUUUACUUGUGUCGUGUUAAUGUGCGUGUUGUAUAUUGCGCUGUGUGGAUUUAUGUGUUCUUGCGAGCACAAAAAAAAAGAAAAAAUGAAUUUCAUGUCAUUUCUGCUUUGUACAUGCUUUCUUUAUACUGUAUGUUUUGUGCCUUUUUUAUCCAUUGUGACAUUUAGCCAAGUUUAUAUGCAAAUAAAAUGCAAGAUUUUUAUCUGA